AAAAAAAAGAAAAAAAAAAAAAAGCAGCCCUUGUCCAACAAACCCCGUAUUCAACCAAGUGGUUGGCAACGUACUGUACUGUACAACCCGCCCCCAAAUCCCAACACGAUGGAUCAAGAUCCCAAUCCGGAUGCCGUGACGAUUCACGAGCACCCUCCGUCAACCUGGUCCUCAUCGUCUGGGAUACUCCCCCGCCUCCAAUCCCAGCUCCCCUACUCCAUCCCCCUCCUGCGUCGGAUCCAGCACCACCUCGCCUAUCCCACCUCCACCGCCACCGUCUUGGCUACGUUUCCUGCAGUACACCAGCAUGAGACCCCGCGCUCCACCGCACCAGCCACCGCACCAGAAGAAGAAGAAGAAGAAGAAGAACCCUGGCUAACAGCCUACAUCGACCUACACGCCGGCCGCGAGACCCAAGUAGUGAUCUACAGCAGCGCGGAAGCGGACUCCUCAGUCGACGUCGACGUCUCUCUACCCAGCAGCGUCCACGCCCCCGGGCCAAAGAGCACGGGGACCGAAACCGGCACCGGUUCCCAGCGCUCCCUCUCCCUCUUGUCCUCAAACCACACCCAGACAAUCCGGCGCCAACUCCUCGCCCUAUUCCAACAUAUCAAAACCCACCUGCUCCCGGCGUACACCGCCCAUCUCGCGGCCGCGGGACCCGUGACAACGACCGCAACAAAAACAGAUCACCAGCUGCCCCCACCCCCGCCGCAGGCCUUUCUAAUCGGGAAUCUGCACACGGGGCUGCUGGCGGUGCUUCUUGCGGGGCCGACCCCGACCUCGACGGAAACCGACGAGCAUGCGCUGGCAGCAGUGUAUACUUCGGGCGUGGGAUCGGCGUCGUUCGUCCCGGGGCUGAAGGUGCAUCGCUACGACCACGCGCCGUACGUCAAGUAUCUGUUUGGGAGGGAGGAGGUGGUUUGUCCCCGGGAUGGUGAUUGUGGUGGUAGUAGUGCUGCCACGGGUCGGGAUGGCUUCCGCUUCCACACCCGCGACGGCCGGCAGGGCGUGCAACCCCAGCAUUUCGCCCUCGUGCGGAGCCGCACGGUGAUUCCGCGGUCGGAUGCGACCUUGGCUAUGUUGCCCGGGGCGGCGGUCUAUGCGCCGACGGCCGGAGCGGGUGAUGGAGGGACAGAGAAUCCUGUGGCGUGGGCGUUCCUCGGGCCCGAUGGGUCGCUGGCGACGUUGCAUGUUGAGGCGGAGUAUCGCGGGCAGGGGCUGGCGGGGAGGGUGGCGCGCGAGGCGAUGAGGCGGGGGAUGGUGGAGGAUGGGCGGUGGUGGAACGGGAACGGGAACGGGGAGGAGGAUAAAACUGGGGAGGGGAUGCUGGUGCAUACAAAUGUGGCGAUGGGGAACGGGGCGAGUCGGCGGGUGAUGGAGAAGUUGGGGGGGAAGCUUGGCUGGACGGUUACGUGGACGGUCGUGGAGGUGCUACAGUAG